AUGGCGACGAGAACCGCGUCCUCGGGCCUCGCUGCCGCCCCCGACUCCCAUCAGUACACCUGCAACACCUGCCAGGUGGCUUUCCGACUCGCAGACACCCAGAAGGGACACAUGAAGAGCGACUGGCAUCGCUAUAACCUCAAGCGACGGGUCGCCUCGCUCCCCCCGAUUGCUUCCGAAGUCUUCACCGAGAAGGUCCUACAGGCUCGCGCUGCCGACUCGGCCGUGGCCGACCGCGCCGGGUUCCAACAAGUCUGCGACGUCUGCCAGCGCACUUAUUUCAGCGAAAACUCGUACCGAAACCACAUCGGCAGUCGCCAGCACAAGGUCAAGGAAUUGGCCCUGCAGCGCAAGGCCGACGGCAGUGUUGCCGGCGACGAUGCCGCCAGCACCAUUGUCAGCUCCACCUUCUCGCUGGGCGAACCUCUGCCCAAGGACGAGGUCGACUCGGACGCCGAAGACGAGUUCAGCGAGGUGGUCGAGGGCCUCAAGAAGACCGACCUCAACGAGCGUCCCUCUCCCGUCAAGCGCCCCUCAAACCCACACCCGUCUGUUGAGGCCCAGCGCGCCAGAGAACACCCCGUUUCCGAUGCCUCCAGCCAGGCCGUCUCGAGCACCGCAACUCCGGUCCCCACCUUGACCUUGAAGGCGUGCCUGUUCUGCAACUAUGAGUCACCCACUGUUCCCUUGAGCGUGGUGCACAUGGAGAGGAUACACGGCAUGUUCAUACCGGAGAAGGACUACCUUGUCGAUCUGGACGGCCUACUCAAGUCUCUGCAGGAGCGCAUCCAGGAGCUGGCCGAGUGUCUGUACUGUGGCAAGAUGAAGAGCAAUCCGUUUGCGGCCCAGACCCACAUGCGGGACAAGGGCCACUGCAAGAUUCCCUACACUACGGAGGAGGAGCAGCUCGAGAUUGGCGAGUUCUACGAUUUCAGAAGCACAUACUCGGACGAAGAGGAAUCGGACGAUGAGGACGCUGACGACAAGCCCUCCGGCGGUGCCAAGCUUGGUAUCAAGCGCCAGACCAAGGCUGUUGGCUUGGAUGGUGACGAGAUCAUGGAGGAAGACGAGGGCUGGGAGACAGACAGUUCAGCCUCCUCGCUUGAUUCUGAGGAAUUGACGUCCAUCCCCGUCGACAACCACAUUCAUCAGUACGAGCGACUUGACAAGCAUCCGCACCACUCGUCCCACGACCCACGCCAUCACCACCAAAUGGAUGGCUGGCAUUCCCACGCUCACAAACACCGUGCUGUCUUCUACGACGAGACGCAGCUGCAUCUGCCGUCAGGCCGUGCGGUGGGCCAUAGAUCUCUCAAUAAGUACUACCGACAGAACCUCCACAGCCAUCCUUCGCCCGAGGAACGCGCCGAGCGGUUGGCCAUUGAGGGUAGCGUUGAUCCUAUGGAGGUUGACGGCGACAACAAGGUGGCAGUUCGCCAUGAACGUGGCCGCAACGGUGCAAUGAUCAGCCGAGCCGAUGGUGGCACCGGCAUGACUGGUGUUACGGACUCCAAGAAGAAGGAGGUCCGCCGUGCAGAGCAAAGAGCCCGCAAGCGCGAGCACAAUGCCCAGAGACGCAACGAAUGGGCCCUGAACAAGCAGCACAACCACCAGAAGUACUACAACUACCAGAUCUUGUAG